UCCUGCUGAACCUAACCCGACCUUCUCUCCUGUGUUUCAGAUCCGAGAAGCCAUCGCAGGCUUGCCCGAGGGGACAGUGGGAAAACCGCUACUCAGCAAGAGUCUGGAGCCUGCCCAAUGGCAUUGCGGGGCGGCGAUGGGUGAGCUGUACGACCCCCUGAGAAGUUCGCUGUGCCGCAAGGCGGGGGUGUCCCUCGCCCACCUACUGUCCGCCCGGGAGGACCUCUCCAUCAUCACCAGAACCACCAGCCGGAGUGUCCGUGAGAAGACUGCUUGUGCCAUCAACAAGAUCCUGAUGGGCCCGGUGCCGGAUCGCGGGGGGAGACCUGGCGAGAUGGAGCGGCCGAUGGCCACGUGGGAAGGCAGGAGAAGUGGGGGCGAACGGAGGAAUGGGGGCGACCGGAAAAACGGGGGCGACCGGAGACAGGAGAAGCGGAGAGGAGGCCAGGGGCGUAAGCACUGACUGCCCCCCCCCCCCCCCCCCCGUUGAGGAGUGGCGGGCUCCCUGCUGGCUCCGUGCGGGAAGGCCGUGGAUGGUGGUGGCAUUCCCGGACGGAGCAGUGCAUCUCCUCACCGUCUGUCUGCGGCGUGUGGGACCGCUGUAACUCCGCUGCUCCUUGCACCCCCCGUCACACGGAGAAGACCAAGUGUGCGAGAAGGAACUGCAGAUGCUGCUUCACACCGAAGACAGACACAACAUGCUGGAGUAACUCCGCGGGACAGGCAGCAUCUCUGGAGAGAAGGAAUGGGUGACGUUUCGGGUCGAGACCCUUCUUCAGACUGUGAGGCAGGGGAGAGGGGAACGAGAGAUAUAUAGACAGUACUUAAGAGAAAUGAAUGAAAGAUAUGCAGAAAGCAAUGGUAAUCAGGGAAAUGUGGAGCCAACAAUGGUCCAUUGUUGGCUGUGGGAUAGGUGAAAGCAAGUUAUAGAGACAAUGAAACUUAACAGGUCGAGAUCCUUCUUCAAACGAUGGGUCUCGAUACAAAACAUCGCCCGUUCCUUCUCUCCAGAGACGCUGCCUGUCCCGCUGAGUUACUCCAUCUUUCUGUAUCUGAUUUCGAAGAGGUUAGACAGUGGGGCUGGUGAAAACGCACAGAGCUGUGGCUGAUGUGUCCCCUCGAGUCCCAGCUCCCCUCCCCACCGGCCAUCUGAUUGUGGCUGCCCUCGGCCACAGCGACACUGUACACAGCGCGGAUUUAUCAGGCUUCUGCUCGCCUCCAUCACGGAGCCUCGCAAACAAUAACUGCGGCCUGGAUCUCUGUCUCUCUCUCCCUCUCUGUCUCUGUCUCUCUCUCCCCCAGCACUAAUCGUGGACAGCAUAAUCGCAGUGUUACGUUCUCUCUCCACCUCCACAUCUGGUGUUACGGAUCCUACACUGGAGCCUCCAUGAGGAGGGAACAGUUUGCAAAGUUUCUACAUGUAAAUGACAAUUAAUUAUGUGAUUUUUUUGGGGGGGGGGGGGGGGGGGGGGGGGAAUAUUUGCUGGGACUCAGGGCUGUGAGCACAAAUACAUUUUUUUUUAUUUUUAAAUAAAAUUAAAAUAAUGUUUCCUGGUUCUGGAUGGAGAUUUCUUUUGGAGCGGAGAUUCCAGACUUUAUGUCAGUUAUCAGUGGUGUAA